AUGUCGUGGCUGUUUCAAACUAAAAUUGCCAAGUCACACUUUUAUGUGUGGUAUCUCGGCUCCAAAGAGGCGGACGGCGUUCGAGGAUCGGCGGUAGUGCUGCCAAUUAUGCGACAACUGCUAAAGGAUAGCUUCAAAAAGACGCCUAGCAAAGCAACUGUGCAGAUCUCAGCAAAAGGUCUCAAACUGAUUCAAUCGGUUCCGGCAAUGUCACGAAGUGGAAAAAUUAAAACCCAAUUGGCAAAAUUUCAAAUCGCAGCAAGUUGUAUUACGUACAGUAUGACCGGCAAGGCGCCAUUUGAUGAUGUAGUUGGUGUUGUGAUGCUGGUGCUAAAUCCUGAGAUGAACUCGCCAAUGCAUGUACAUUGCUAUCGAUGUGAUAGCCCAGAAACGGCUCAAAUCAUGCAUGCUAAUAUUCAGUUGCUCAUCUCUCGUCCAGAGAUUCAAAGGUCAAUAUUGGAUCUUGAGCAACGUUUAUUCCUCGCUGGACUGUUAGUGCCACGGUAGGU